CCGGUAGUGCCAUUUGGAGAUGAAAGUUCCACGCGCUCUAAUGGCUAUCUGACGGAGCAGAAGAGUUUGGGACACAGUGGAUGCGCGAAGAGAGAAACGCAGUGGCUCUGGACUAAUCACUCUGUUGCUGAACUUUUAAAAUUAGCCAGGCUUUUCUAUUAUUUUGGGCAAAGCGAGCGGUGAAUUCAAACAGAUCAAAAUGAUGGCCAAACCAUUUGGAAAGAGUGGGGAUGUGAGUGAGCUGGUGAGCUCCCUCGGCUGGCUGGAGGAGGACGGCAGCUCUCAGGAUGGAGAGGAAAGCCCAGAGAUGAGGGGACGCCAUGGCUUGACUGUAGGGAGCCGAAUCCACUCCUGCACAGAACUUGGCAGUGAGGAUAUGGAGGAAGAAGAGGAGGAAGAUGAUGAGGAGGAGAGUGGGCCAAAUGGAGAAAACACUCCAAAAAGGAGAGGUCCUAAGAAGAAGAAGAUGACCAAAGCUAGACAGGAGAGGUUUCGUGUCCGGCGAGUCAAGGCCAACGCCCGAGAACGUUCACGUAUGCAUGGGCUGAACGAUGCCCUGGAUAAUCUGCGCAGAGUGAUGCCCUGCUACUCCAAGACACAGAAGCUGUCAAAGAUUGAGACUCUACGGCUGGCCCGCAACUACAUCUGGGCUCUGUCGGAGGUGCUUGAGAGUGGCCAGUCCCCAGAGAGCCAUGGCUUUAUGGAGAUGCUGUGUAAAGGUCUGUCUCAGCCCACCAGUAACCUCGUGGCCGGCUGCUUGCAGCUGGGACCCAGUCCGAUGAUGCUCAACAAGCUGGAGGACAAGUGUGGAGGCCCAGGGAUAGGUGGUGUGGGGGGUCAGGCUGGCCAUCCCCUCACCUACCCUUCUCCAGGCCUUCCCAGCCCCCCCUAUGGCUCCCUGGAGUCUUCCCACCUCCUCCAUAUGAAGGGAUUCAAGGGGCCUGUGUAUGACAACUCCUCCCCUAACGAGUGCAGCAGUGGCACGCCACCAUACGAUGGGCCCCUCACUCCCCCCCUGAGCAUCAGUGGCAACUUUUCCCUGAAGCAAGAGCCUUCUCCCCAUGAGUCAGAGAGGAACUACGCACCUCACCACCAUGCCCACUACCUCUCGUCCCACCAUUACCCUACUUCUACGACUGGUGGCCUACCAGGGGGGCCUCAGGGCCACCCACUUUUUCAGGCUUCACGCUAUGAGCUGCCCCUGGAUGUGGCCUUUGACUCCUUCACUCCCUCUCACCUGAUCACCUCUCAGAUGGGCACCAUCUGAAAUAUGACCAUGAACAGUUGAGAGGACCAGUGAUUGACUCUGCUAUGAAACUGUCCAGGGGAGAAGCACUGCUCUUCAAUAAACUGCUGUAAAAAUGAUGGCCGUGGUACUGACUGUAUAGAGAAAAUGGUUUGCAUUUAUGUUGUCUAGUACUCUGGGAGAGCACUGAAUGCUCAGAGAGACUCACCACCUCAACUCAAUCUACCUGAUACAUACACGCACCCAUAACUUUUAAUAUUUUAUUUAUUCUUUUUUUGUUAUGAUUAUAUGUUGGUAUUUGGAUUAUAAUUAUUUCUAAAGACGUUGCCCCCUCAGUUGUUACAGUGUGAGUAAAGAUUAUUUUACCAAAUCAGAUAUUCAUGCUAAAGCAUUACACAGAUGUGUCUGUGUAAGUUUAGGGAUUGAACAAAAACAUGAGAACUUUGUCAAAAGAUCUGCAUGUCUGCAUAUCAAAAUAAGUUCAUCAAAAGUCAUCCAACCUAAACCUAAACUGUGCCCUGAGGCCCACAACCAAUGCCCCUCUCGCCAUAAGAAAAAGCAAUGCAUUUAUUUAUAUUUGUAUUUAAUAUUUAUUUUGAUAACGUCUUGUCCUUUUUAUAUUUUUCUCAGCACAGUUUUUGUUUCACUGUCUUCUUGGUUUAUUGUCAGUCACUGGCAGCUCUACUGUAUUUAAAUUAUUUAUUUGAGGUCUUUCAGGUACUUGUUCAUUUGGUGUCACAAUUUUUGUCAUACUGUACUGUUGUAAAUAUUUUGCUGUUUCGCACUUAAUUGAAUAAAUAUUCUUAUAUUAUAUGCUA